UGGGGCUGAGACAGAGAACACACCCAGAGACAGAAAAGUUGGAGUGUGCAGAGAGCAGCGCGCCUGGACUCUCACGGAUUCUUCCUCGGACUCUUCUCAGAUUCUUCCCGGUGAACGUGUGUUUGGUCGCCGUCACUGCUCGCUCGGUGUUCGGUGUCACGAUUCAGCAGCGGAGCGAAAAGUUUGAGUCUUCAGGAUGUCAGCUUCAGAGGAGACGGACGGGCUCCGGCCCAGAUACGGCUCGGUGCUGGACGGCGUGGAGCGUCUCACUGCGGAGGAGAUGGACGAGCAGCGGCAGCAGAACAUGGCGUAUGAAUACCUGUGUCACCUGGAGGAGGCCAAAAGGUGGAUGGAGGCGUGUCUGGACGAGGAGCUGCCGCCCACAACAGAGCUGGAGGAGGGGCUUAGAAACGGCGUUUAUUUGGCCAAGUUAGGAAACUUCUUCGCUCCGAGAACCGUCUCGCUAAAGAAAAUCUACGACCGCGAACAGACAAGAUACAAGGCCACAGGUCUUCAUUUCAGACACACUGAUAACGUGAUCCAGUGGCUCAACGCCAUGUCAGAGAAAGGACUUCCUAAGAUUUUUUACCCUGAAACGACCGACAUUUACGACAGAAAAAACAUGCCGCGCUGCAUCUACUGCAUACAUGCGCUCAGUCUGUACCUGUUCAAACUGGGUCUGGCUCCACAGAUUCAGGAUCUGUAUGGAAAGGUAGAUUUCACAGAGGAGGAGAUCAACAACAUGAAGAGUGAGUUGGAGAAAUAUGGGAUCCAGAUGCCGGCCUUCAGUAAGAUUGGAGGGAUUCUGGCCAAUGAGCUGUCAGUGGAUGAAGCUGCAUUGCAUGCUGCUGUGAUUGCCAUCAAUGAAGCCAUCGACCACGGCGUACCUGAGGGCACAUUGGCUGCCAUGCAGAACCCAAACGCCAUGCUGAUCCAGCUGGACCCAAGCUACGCCAAUCACUACCACGAGACCCUGUACCACGCCAAAGGAGAGAAGGUCGCACGCUCACGGAAACGGCAGAUGGAGAACGCGGACGCAGAGAGAGACGUGUACGACGAGCUGCUGACUCAAGCUGAGAUACAAGGAAACGUCAACACAGUCAACGUGAGUGUGGCUCUAAGUUCAGCUGAACAGGCUUUGCUCAGCGGGGAUGAAGAUAAACUGUUUGAGGCUCUGAAGGCAAUGGGAAUCCAGAACCUGCAGAACCAGAACAAAAGCUGGUACCUGAAACAGCUGCAGGCCGACAGAGAGAACAAGGAGCAGCAGUUGUCUCCAGGAGAAGUGCUGACCAAAGAAGAGCUGCAGAGCGGUGUCAACGUGGCCAAUCAGAAUGCAGAGAGCUACACAAAGAUGUUGCGGGCGGUGGAGAGGAUCAAUGCAGCGGUUCGAGCAGGUGUAGCAGAGCAGACAGUGGAGGAGUUGAUGAAUCCUGACGCUCAGCUUCCUGAAGUUUUUCCGUCUGCUGCUGACCUUUAUCAGAGAGAGUUACUGAGCCUGCAGCAGCAGAGCCCGGAGGGUGCGCUGUUACACCCCGAGCUGCUGGUUGCCGUGGAGAUGCUGUCAGCAGUGGUGCUGAUGAACGAGGCGAUGGAUGUGGGAGACAGAGCGGCGCUGUGGAAACAGCUGAGCAGCUCAGUGACCGGGUUGAGUAACGUGGAGGACGAAUACGCACAGAGAUACAUGGAUGAGCUGAUGCGUCUGAAGGCAGCAGCUAGAGAGCAGGGCUGUGACUUUCUCACCUGGAACGAUAUUCAGGCUUGUAUAGACGGAGUGAACCUGAGUGUGCAGGAGGAGCAUGAACGUAUCGCUGCCAUCGGCCUGAUCAAUGAGGCUCUGGAUGAAGGAGACCCCAUGAAGACGCUCGCCAUGCUGCAGAACGCGUCAGCCAAACUCACUGAUGUCGACCCAGCUGUGGCUCAGCACUACCACGACAUCCUGCUGGAGGCCCGCCGCGAGAAAGCUCAUGAGACUCAGGAUCCGUCAGCUGUUCUGUGGUUGGAUGAAAUCCAGAACGCCAUCCUGAGAGCCAAUCAGGGCACACAGGAGGCGCUACAGUUUUCUCAGUCCAUCCAGGCUGUCAACGAGGCCGUCGACUCAAGUGAUCAGGCUCAGACUCUGCUGGCUCUGCGUAACCCGGCAACAGGACUGUACGGGGUCACCUCCGAGUGUGCACACACCUACCAGGACGACCUGUCGCAAAUCAAAGAAAACAAGAUGAGAGACGGUGAUAACGGCAGUGAGUGGGUGAAGCAUUGGGUGAAGGGAGGCCACAACUAUUAUUUUAACCUGAACAGCAGGGAGGGGACAUGGGCGGAGCCUGAGGGCUUUGUCCAGAACAACACACAGCUCAACAAGGAGGACAUCCAGUCAGUUGUCUCCGGGGUAACCACGGCAUACAACCGAGAGCAGUUGUGGCUGGCCAAUGAGAGUCUCAUCACCAAGCUGCAGGCUCGUUGCCGUGGUUACAUGAUGAGAAAGAGUCUAAAGGAGCGGAUGAACUUCCUGAACUCUCAGGACCCAGCUGUUACCUGCAUACAGGCUCACUGGAAAGGACACAAACAGAGGAAGAAGUUUAAAGAUCGUAAACAGUAUCUGAAAGAUCACAGUGAUGAGGCUGUGAAGAUUCAGGCCAUGGUCCGGAUGCACCAGGCUCGUAAGAAGUACAAAGACCGUCUGAAAUACUUCCAGGAUCACAUCAAUGACGUGGUAAAAAUUCAGGCUUUUAUCAGAGCCAACAAGGCCAGGGACGACUACAAGACGCUCAUAAGUGCGGAGGACCCUCCGAUGGCGGUGGUAAGAAAAUUCGUCCACCUGUUGGACCACAGCGAUCAGGACUUCCAGGAGGAGCUAGAGCUGAUGCGUCUCCGUGAGGAGGUAGUGACCAAUAUCCGGUCCAACCAGCAGCUGGAGAAUGACCUGAACCUGAUGGACAUUAAGAUCGGGCUGCUGGUGAAGAAUAAAAUCACACUGCAGGAAGUCGUGUCCCACAGCAAUAAGCUGACAAAGAAGAACAAGGGACAGCUGUCCAACAUGAUGAUGAUGAACAAGCAGAGAGGAGGCCUGAAGGCGCUCAGCAAGGAGAAGAGGCUCAAACUGGAAGCUUAUCAGUAUCUCUUCUACCUGUUACAGACCAACCCCACGUAUCUGGCCAAGCUCAUCUUCCAGAUGCCGCAGAAUAAAUCCACCAAGUUUAUGGACUCUGUGAUCUUCACGCUGUAUAACUACGCCUCCAACCAGAGAGAGGAGUAUUUGCUGCUCAAGCUGUUUAAGACCGCCCUGCAGGAGGAGAUCAAGUCAAAGGUGGACCAGAUGAAGGAAAUCGUCACAGGUAACCCCACCGUCAUUAAGAUGGUGGUGAGUUUCCACCGAGGAGCUAGAGGACAGAAUGCUCUCAGACAGAUCCUCGCUCCUGUUGUCAAGGAGAUCAUGGACGACAAAACGCUGAACAUUAAGACGGACCCGGUGGACAUUUACAAGAGCUGGGUGAACCAGAUGGAGACGCAGACCGGAGAGGCCAGUAAGCUACCGUAUGACGUAACACCUGAGCAGGCGAUGACCCACGAGGAGGUGAGGACCCGACUGGAAGCGUCCAUCAAGAACAUGAAGACAAUUACAGACAAGUUCCUGUCCGCCAUCAUCAUUUCUGUAGACAAAAUCCCGUACGGGAUGCGUUUCGUCUCGAAGGUUUUGAAGGAUUCUCUUCAUGAGAAGUUUCCAGAUGCUACAGAGGACGAGCUGCUGAAGAUCGUGGGGAACCUGCUCUAUUAUCGCUAUAUGAACCCUGCCAUCGUGGCGCCCGACGCCUUCGACAUCAUUGAAGUUUCGGCAGGCGGUCAGCUGACCACCGAACAGAGAAGAAAUCUGGGCUCAGUCGCUAAGAUGCUGCAGCAUGCCGCCUCCAACAAGAUGUUUUUGGGAGACAACGCACACCUGAACCCCAUCAACGAGUACCUGAGCGCCUCCUACCUGAAGUUCAGGCGGUUCUUCCUGGCAGCAUGUGACGUCCCGUCCCUGGAGGAGAAGUUUAACGUGGAUCAAUACUCCGACCUCGUCACCGUCACCAAACCCGUCAUCUACAUCUCCAUUGGAGAAAUCAUCAACACUCACACGCUGCUGUUGGAUCAUCAGGACGCCAUAGCUCCAGAACACAACGACCCGGUUCACGAGCUGCUGGAGGACCUGGGCGAGGUUCCCACAGUCGAGUCUCUGAUUGGUGAGAAUCCUCUUCCUCCCAACGAUCCAAACAAAGAGCUGAUGGGAAAAACCGAAGUUUCCCUCACACUCACCAACAAGUUUGAUGUUCCUGGUGAGGCCAACGUUGAGACGGACGCCAAGACGCUUCUGCUCAACACAAAGAGGCUCAUCGUGGAUGUGAUCCGCUUCCAACCUGGAGAGACUCUGACCGAGAUCCUGGACUCCAGUGCGAGCACCGAACAGGAAGCAGAGUACCAGAGGGCGAUGCAGAGGAGGGCCAUCAGAGACGCGAAGACUCCCGAGAAGAUGAAGCAGGUGAAUCCGGUAGUGGACGACAGUCUGACCCUCCAGGGAAAGAAAGACAAGAUCCGGAGCAACCUGCAGAGACUGGCCGAGCUGGGAAAAGUCCACCCCCAGAACCGCUACCAGGACCUAAUCAACGACAUCGCUAAGGACAUCAGAAAUCAGAGACGUUACCGUCAGCGGCGGAAAGCCGAGCUGGUCCGGCUCCAGCAGACAAAUGCUGCCCUCAACUCAAAAACCAACUUCUUCAACGUUCAAAUCGACUCCUACAACCAGUAUAUCAAAACCUGCAUGGACAACCUGGCCAGCAAGGGCAAGUUGUCAAAGAAACCCGACAACAAGGCGAAGAAGAGUAAACAGGUGUCUCAGAAGUACACGGCCUCUCGGCUGCACGAGAAAGGCGUCCUGAUCGCCAUCGAAGACCUGCAGCCCAACCAGUUUAAAAACGUGAUUUUUGAGAUUUCGCCGUCAGAGGCUGUGGGAGUGUUCGAUGUGAAGGCCAAGCUGAUGGGCGUCCACCUGGAGACGCUGCAGCUGGAGUAUCAGGACCUCCUGCAGCUGCAGUACGAAGGCGUUGCUGUGAUGAAGCUCUUCGAUCGAGCGACCAUCAACGUCAACCUGCUCAUUUUUCUGCUCAACAAAAAGUUUUAUGGCAAAUAAAGAAGAAAAGGUGCUUCAUGUGUAACGCAUUAAGUCAUAUUAGUACGUGUGAUAAAGUCCUGAACAUGUUCUGCACUUCUCCUUCUAUGCAAACCUCUUUAGUGCUGUUUCUUAAAGGAGCAGAGAACAGCUGAUUCUUCUUCUGUCUGUAGCUUCUCAACAUCUCAUGAGCUCCAACAUAAACACAUGCUGCACCAACUUCCUGUUUGGUGUCUUUCUUCAUCAUUUCUCUGAUCCAGCUGAAAGUAGAUUAUUCAUGUUUUUAUUAAAUAUAACAAUAAAUACAAUCUUCAUAAACGUCU